AUGGAAUAUUUUUUCAGACUAAAAAAUAUUUUUGUAUUCAUGUAUUUAAUCUACUGUUUUAAUGUCUCUGCCACUGUGAAUGGAACUCAUUCAACAAUUAUGAAAAGAAUAGUUGGAGGUACUGCGGCCAAAAAUGGCGAUUUUCCGUACAUAAUGGCUAUUUUCCAUUUGACAAGAUAUCAUGGUGCAUUUUCCAUGAUUACUACACAAACGGCAAUAGGCGCAGCUCAUAUGUUAAAUGGAACCGCCGUCGAAGAUCUUGAAGGAAGAAUAUGCGAUGUUAAUAAAUUUAAUGGAAAAUUAGUUUACUUCGAUAGAAAAGUCUUGCAUCCGGACUUCCAAGGAACAAAUAUUAAUGAUAUUGGACUUUUAAUUUUGAAGCAGUCUGUUUCUGAUUUGUGUGAUGUUAAUCCAAUUGCAUUACCAGUUAGACAGAGAUCAUAUGUACAUGGGCAUGCGAAAAUGGCGGGUUGGGGAUGGAUAGGACCAAAUCCUACAGAUAAAGCAAUAAAUCUUAUUGUCGCUGACGUACGAUUAAUACAUCCGAGACCAUAUAAAUAUUUCUUUAACAUUACUCUGACCGGUAAAGAGAUUCUAACGAAAACACCAGGAAUUCAUGCAAUGCCCGGUGAUUCGGGUUCUCCAUUAAUUUACACAGAUGACUGCGGUAAUCAACUCCUUAUUGGAGUAAUGAGUGGAGGCGUUUAUGAAUACGAAGAAUCUCCUGACAUUUUCGUAGCGACUAGUGCAUAUUAUAAUUUCAUUAAAGAUAAUUCCGUGGGCGAGCCCGUAUUUUUAUAA